AUGGAGGCAGCUAUCGGAGUGAUUGGGCUCUCAUUGCAGCUCAUCGAUUCUGCCAUCAAAGUCAAGAGAGUCGUCACAGCUUACCGGUCUGCCUCGGCAGAGAUCAACCGAUUGGCACUCAAGAUCGAAAGAGUCGAGGUGAUUUGCGGUGCGAUCAAGGACAGUCUCGAGGGAGACGCAUCUUCGAGACAGUGCUCUGAUCUCAUCAAGACCUGGGGUGUGUGUGUUCUCAGAAGCAUCUCAUCGACACUCGCCGAGAUUCAUACCAUUAUCACAAAGCUGGAAAGAAAAGGUGGAAAGAGACGUCCUUUGAACACGGUGGGAUUCACAUUCCUGGAAUGCAAAGAUGAUAUAUCUCGGCUGAGCAAGUGGCUGGACGAUGAUCUGAAUUACCUGCAGCAUAUGAUGACUGCGGAGAUACUGUGCAACAUCGUCCAGCAGCUGACAAUUCACCACAACGAAGCAUCUGAGUUAUCGAACAUGUGCUCUACUCUCACACAGUCAACUCUGCAACGAGAUCACAACGGCGAUCUGCCAUCCGAGCCAAGACAUACAACAAUGGCGAAGACAGGGAAUCAGAUGACGAUUAAAGCCUUCGGCUUUCGAUUUCAAACUCAGACCAGGACAAUACUCAAGAGGUCUAGCUCUCACGGUGUACAGGAGGUAUCCAACACAAGCGAGAUCAAGACCUACACUUUCGGGCACAGCAAGUUUUCCUACAGAAUAGAACUACAUUGGUCGAUGAGCACGUUGACCCCCAUAGUCUGUGCUCUCGCUGUCCGCCAUGUUCUCUCUGAAGAUAAAGACGAAAAGCUGGUUAGAAAGAUAUUGAUCAUCAUGUGCGAUGGGGACUUGCUAGCACUGCAAGACCUACUCUCUACCAGAUCUAUCACUCUAGGCACCAUGCUUGGGGAUAGGACGCUCUUUGAGUCGGCAGCGGUUUGCGGCCAGCCGUCUCUUUGCCGCUUCCUCGCCCAACAGAAUCUUGAUUUGUGUCAAGAUGAGAAGGUAAUUCGUCGCUAUCACCUACUUGAACCUUCUGAUGCCUUGGGCCGUGUUUUUGAAGUAGAUGAAAUUGUUCAACUCACACAACGAUCUAGACCCACGAGAUUUAGGCUGAUGGCCAGUGGUGUUGAAGAUGUUGAGUCUCUGGUUGCUGUGUACAGACGGUGCAGAUUGCCUGCGUUGCAUGAGAUGGAGAAGAAAGGUUUUUUCGAUGCUGUUUGGGACAUCGCAGUUCAACUUUUGGUGCUGCAGGCUCAGAAAAACCCGUUCUGGUGCCGGGAAGAUCGGCGAACAAAAGACUGGACUCGCCUUUUUGUUGAAUUGAUCGAUGAAGGCGUGGAUGUCCACAGGAUCUGCAAGCACCAGACUCACUAUGCGUUUCGCUCCUUCCAAAGGCAUGCAACCGUACUUUCCCUCCUUCUCCGAAGCUCUCCCUGCCACUAUGCAGUCGAGGCUGCUCUCUCACACUGGGUCAGGAUUUUGCUGGUAGCUGGAGUUGAUGUUGCCAGGUACCUCCAAAGUGAGGAACCGAAUCUCCAGCAAUACAUCGAUUGGCAACCCCCUUUCAACAGGGCCAGGGUAUGGGUCACAGUAGCAGGCACAACAAAGAUUGCUGGGUUUGAGAUCCCUCUGUUGCACCGAUAUGUCGGCCCGUACAGCAAAGCAAACGAAGUCAGAAAUGAGUUUAAGAACUUCGGCGAACUUCUCAAAGAAGCCAUUUGGCCCGAUCUCGGAGACUUAAUGACCAUAGAGCACACGCAUUGUCAACAACACGUGCUGUGGAAAUCUUGCAGACUUUCUGAAUCCGAUAAAAGAGAGUGGCCAUUCGUUUUCAACUUUUUACGGGACUAUGACUCAGACGCGCUUUUUUUCAAUUUGAAUGGUCGACAUUCCGACGGUAGUCCUCCUGCAGGUUUCCAAUACGCCAAGAAACUCAUGCAGGAGAGGUUCAACAGAAGGCAGAUGAAAAAGCUCUACCGAUCUGGAUAUCUCAAAAGGGAAAAACGGCCGUUGAAGAUACCAGGAGCUUGGCCAGAUUCCGCAUGGUAG